GAAAAAGUAAGGGGUCUGCAGAGCAUGCAUUUCUACUCCUCUUCCAUCUUCCUGAUGAAGAUUGCAGCCAUGGAAGUGUGACCUUUUCAAUUAAGGCAUUUAGGAAUUUCAAUUACUGAAAGAGUAGAGAAACAAUAUCAAAGAGACUGUUUAUAUCCAUCUUAUGUGCCUGGCAGAGAGGAAGAUGGAGGCCAUAGCGAUGUAUGAUUUUGUUGCCUCAGGAGAGGAUGAGCUGAGCUUUAAAAAGGGGGAUGUGCUGAAGAUCUUAGGCUCUGAUGAUAAUUGGUAUAAAGCAGAGCUCAGGGGCAGCGAGGGAUAUGUUCCAAAAAACUAUGUACAAAUGAACAAUCCAAAAUGGUUCCGUGAGAACAUUUCUCGUGCAGAAGCUGAGAACAUACUGAUGGGAAAACGUCUUGGAUCAUUCAUCAUUCGAGCCAGUCAGACAUCCAAAGGGGAGUUCUCAAUCUCAGUCAGACAUGAGGAAGAUGUGCAGCACUUUAAGGUCAUGAGGGACCCCCGUGGAAAUUAUUUCUUGUGGACAGAGAAGUUCAAGUCAUUGAACAAGCUGGUGGAGUAUUACAAAACUGCGUCCAUCUCCAGGCAGCUCCAAAUAUACCUUCAAGAUGAAGAGCCAGACACAGAGGUCAUACUUCCCCCAAAGCGUGCCAGGAGGGUCAAGGCUCUCUACGACUUCAAGGCAAUGGAGCCUGAUGAACUGGACUUUAAUACCAAUGACAUUAUUGAAGUGCUGGACUACUCUAAUGCUUCUUGGUGGAUGGGACGGUUGGGGGACAAUGUAGGGCUUUUCCCUUCCAAUUAUGUAACCAAUAUUGACAGGUGACAACAUGAAGAACAGGAGAGAUGGGGAAUUCCCAUAAGUGUAUAGGAACAAGGAUGGA